GUUAGCAAAGCGAUUGUUGCAUCCUCAUCAGAGAAUACGAAUAAAAAGAGCAAGAAUCAUAAACUCUUCCAUGAGCUGCACGUUCAAGUGCAUGCGAAUGUAAGUAUCUUAUUCGCGGAUAUUGUCAAUUUUACGGUGCUCGCAUCACAGUUGAGUGCAAAAGACCUUGUCAGAACGCUCAAUGAACUCUACACGAAAUUUGAUCAAGAUGCACAGAAGUUGCAAUGUAUGCGCAUCAAGUUCCUUGGUGAUUGUUAUUAUUGCGUGAGUGGAAUGCCCGUGAACAGGCCAAAUCAUGCCGAUAUGUGCGUUGUGAUGGGACUCGAGAUGAUUAAAACGAUAAAGCAAGUGCGAUUAGCAACCGGAGUUGAUGUCAACAUGCGUAUUGGUGUGCACACCGGAUCGGUACUUUGCGGUGUUUUGGGUCUACGCAAAUGGCAAUUCGACAUCUGGAGUGAUGAUGUGACGCUAGCGAAUCGUAUGGAAUCAGCCGGAGUUCCUGGAUCAGAUGAUCCUAUGCUGGAGGCUUUGGGACAGCCAACCUAUCAUAUUUUGCCGGAUAAAGCCUCAUUGCUCGAACGAACUGCUUCAAUUUAUAGGAACAGGCGACGAACUGUGGACGUUUUUGGUGACGAUGAACACAUUGGUAUGGGUGGACGAGCGCCCAGUCGAGUCUCACUGAAAGCCAAAGUAUCGAAAGUGGUCGAGUAUUGGGGAGCCGAAACACCGUUCGCGAAUUUUUCGAAGCUCUCAACACAAUACGAAAUUGACGAGGUAUUCUCCGUGUAA